AUGUCUUCAGCAGAGGUGCCCUCGCCAGCGGUAAAAGAAGAGAUGGCCGAAACAUCGGUCGACGCAGUCCUCAGCCCCGCCGAUGCUCUGUACGAGAAGUGUGCUCAACGACCUACUGGGCAGAUCUUCUUCCAGCGCGAUCUGUCCAACAUGAAUGUUGCAAACACCAUGGCAGAGCUCACAGUCCUCCUCCGCGAGCUUUGCGACCGCCAUCUCUUGAAGCUAAUGACGUUCGAGGGUGACCCAUGCUGGAAGUUGCGAACAAGAGAAGAUGCCGACAAGUUACGCCGUUUGACGCCCGACGAACGCCUCCUCUAUCACCACAUCGAUCAAGUCCAGGCUGACGGCAUCUGGUCGAAAGCGCUACGAAACAAGACAAAUGUGACGCAGCAGACGCUGACAAAAUGUCUAAAGAGCCUGGAAUCAAAGGACUUGGUGCAGUCAGUCAUGAGUGUCAAGUAUCCAAACCGGAAGAUGUACUUGCUCAAGCACUUGAAGCCGUCAGAGGACAUUGCGGGUGGACCAUGGCAAACCGACGGUGAAUUUGACACUGCUCUGAUUGAAACCAUCUCGGGUGCCGUGGCACAGUAUGUGGAACAUGAGACGUGCAUCAAAGUACCAGGUAAUUGGAACGACUACGACAGGUCAGUCGCGAUUGCUCAGAAGAAGGCGUCAGCCCUGGAUGCGGUACGGGACAUCGAGGAAGCGCCGGCAGUCAGGUCCUACAAGCCACCCAGAGACCCGAAUGCCUUCAGAAUCGUCCAUCGACAUAAGCCACACUACCCGACUGCUGCAUCUGUAGCCGAAUGGCUGAACGGCAAGGAACUUAUCAAAGCUAAGACGGUCCGGGAAGAGGACAUGGAGCAGUUAUUGGAGAUGAUGGUGGCUGAGGAUCGACUGGAGAAGACAUCGGGCACAAACUAUCGGACAGUGCUGAAGGCGACUAACACAAAGGUCUACAACGGAUUUGUGGACGCUCCUUGCGGCAACUGUCCAGUUUUUGAUCAGUGUGGGGACGAGGGAGAAAUCUCCGCGCGAACUUGCGUGUACUUUGGCCAGUGGUUGGACACCGAGUCGGAGGAGUAUUAG